UUGUCUUUUUCACAAACUCCAUACGUUGGCAAUGUCUUUGUUCAACUUUACAGCAACCCACCAAAAUUGGCACUAAUUUUACAGUAUUAUUACUAGUUUAGUUAUAGGCCUCCCAAAGUCCCAAAGCCCAAUAUCAAAUCUGCUACUUCUAUUUAUAAUCUCAUAUUCAACACUAACAUCUAACCACUUGUUUCUUGUUCAUUGAUUUUUCAACAUUGACAACAUUUUGUAAUUUUCUUAAGAUUUUUUUAGGAUAAAUUUGAGUUGGGUUUACAAGAAAAGGCAUGAAUUUUGGAGGGCAUGGUGGUGGUGGUGGUGGUGGGUAUGGUGGUGGUGGACAUGGUUUAGGCGGUGGUGGCGGCGGUAAUAGAGUUCCUCUUUUGGGUCGGCAUGCCGGCUUCAAAAGAGAGGAAAUUGGCUCAACAGACCUUGAGAAUGGUAAUGCACCGGCUGCAAAUGUGGGAUUCGGUAGGGUUCUUUCUCUUGCAAAACCUGAUGCACCUAAACUUGUUAUAGCUACAGUUGCUCUGUUGAUUGCAGCCACAUCAAACAUAUUAGUGCCAAAGUUUGGUGGAAAAGUAAUUGAUAUUGUGUCCGGAGAUAUCAGCUCACCAGAAAAGAAAGCUGAAGCUCGGGAUGCAGUUACGAGCACCAUACUAGAGAUUGUCAUGGUUGUUAUUGUAGGUUCAAUUUGCACAGCAUUGAGGGCGUGGCUAUUUAAUUCUGCAAGUGAAAGGGUUGUUGCAAGACUGAGAAAGAAUUUAUUCUCCCAUCUAAUUUGCCAGGAAAUUGCUUUUUUUGACGUUACUCGAACUGGAGAGCUUUUGAGUAGACUAGCUGAAGACACACAAAUCAUAAAGAAUGCUGCUACUACUAAUCUGUCUGAAGCUCUGAGAAAUUUAGCAACUGCAUUCAUUGGUCUUGGAUUCAUGUUUGCAACAUCAUGGAAGUUGACAUUGUUGGCAUUGGCUGUUGUGCCUCCCAUUUCUGUUGGUGUGCGUAAAUUUGGUCGCUUUCUCCGUGAACUCUCACACAAGACUCAGGCUGCUGCUGCUGCAGCAUCUUCAAUUGCAGAGGAAUCGUUUGGUGCCAUCCGCACAGUAAGGUCCUUUGCCCAAGAAGAUUAUGAAAUUCAGCGGUAUUCUGAGAAAGUUGACGAGACUUUAAACUUGGGACUUACACAAGCUAAAGUUGCAGGUUUAUUCUUUGGAGGACUAAAUGCAGCAUCCACCCUGUCAGUUAUUGUUGUGGUGAUAUAUGGAGCUUUCCUGGCUAUCAAUGGUACUGGCAUGACACCUGGUGCUCUCACAUCCUUCAUACUUUAUAGCCUUACAGUUGGGUCAUCCAUAUCUGGACUUUCUGGAUUAUACACUGUGGCAAUGAAAGCUGCGGGAGCCAGUAGGCGUGUUUUCCAACUGCUAGACCGAACAUCAUCCAUGCCAGAGCCAGGAUCCAAGUGUCCAUUAGGUGAUCAAGAUGCAGAAGUGGAAUUGGAUGAUGUCUGGUUUGCAUAUCCUUCACGCCCAAGUCAUAUGGUACUAAAGGGAAUAACGUUAAAACUGCUGCCUAGUUCAAAAGUUGCACUUGUUGGUCCAAGUGGUGGUGGAAAAACUACGAUAGCACAUUUGAUUGAAAGAUUUUAUGAUCCUACCAAAGGGAAGAUUUUGCUGAGUGGGGUUCCGCUAGUAGAAAUAUCUCACAAGCACUUGCAUAGCAAGAUUAGUAUUGUAAGCCAGGAGCCAACUCUCUUCAAUUGCUCCAUAGAAGAGAACAUCGCUUAUGGACUAAAUGGCAAGGCCAGCACUGCUGAUAUAGAAAAUGCUGCUAAAAUGGCAAAUGCACAUGAAUUUAUAUCCAAGUUUCCUGAGAAGUAUCAAACUCAUGUCGGAGAACGUGGGGUUAGAUUAUCAGGUGGUCAGAAACAGCGGAUAGCAAUUGCCAGAGCUCUGUUGAUGAACCCAAAAGUACUACUUUUGGAUGAAGCAACGAGUGCCCUUGAUGCUGAAAGCGAAUACUUAGUGCAGGAUGCCAUGGAUCGCUUGAUGAAUGGAAGAACUGUCCUCGUGAUAGCACACAGGCUUUCCACUGUGAAAAGUGCAAAUGUUGUAGCUGUUAUAUCCGAUGGUCAGGUGGUGGAAAGCGGCACUCAUGAUGAACUUUUGAGCAAGGAUGGCAUCUACACUGCACUAGUGAGGCGUCAGUUGCAAGGACCCAAAGCCGAUAGCUAACAUUGGAGAUAUUACUUUACUUACAAUUCAGAAUACAAUUUCAGAAUUUCUAUUUGUAUUAUAGGUCUUCUCUGCCAUGUAACUGAACAAGUGAAGCUUAAUUUUUUGGCUUCCGCGUCUCUGUAUGUCUUUAUUGGGUCUAUUAAAGGAAUGUAAGGUCACCUACUCACCUUAGUCUUUAAUCAAGUAUUUUAUCUGCAUAAUCUGUAAACUACUUCUGUUUUGCUUCACUAAUAUUAUCUUAAUUUUGAUGGGGGCAAUCCCAAUGUC